AUGGGACUAUACUCAGUCCUUAUUAUGUCCAAUACAAUCAAUGAAAUAGGAAUAGAUGAUGAGAAAAACAAAAAUGACCAAGAUCAAUUGUUUAAUCAAUCCAAUAAAAUCAAUGAAGAAGUUGAAUUCAAUUUUAAUGAAUCAGAACCAGAUCCUAUUAUUCAAAUAAACAAAGUAAUUGUUAUUCUUUGGGAAGGAAUAUUCAGAAGCUUCACAUGUUCACUCUAUGGAUUCACUGACUAUUUUCAUAAUCUUUCCAUUGGCCCAUCUGAUGAAUCUCUUAUAUCUAUGGGUUCUACUUCAACAGAAAAACUAGUAAUAGGACAUCAAAUUUUAACUAAUUCCUCAAAAGUAUUUAGAUUGGUCACUCCUAUUUUUUUGAAUGUUGGUCUUUCUCAACUGUUUUUGAACAUCCUGUGUAUGCUUUUAGUAUUCCCUAUUGAAAUUAGAUUUGGAAAAUGGAUUUUUGGUUCUCUUUAUAUGGUUUCUGGUAUUGGCGCUUCUGUAUUGGCUAAUCUAUUGGAUAUUAAAAACACAGAGGUUUGUUCAACAGCUCCCUUGUAUGGUGUAUGUAUUGCUCUUUAUUUAGAAAUGAAACUUCAUAAUUUUCAUCAAAAUAUGGUUUCCAUUUCUAAAGUUCUGUUAAGUACUAUCACUUUAUUGGUUUUUAUCAACUCGGUUUCUCUUUUUGAAUAUUUUCCAGCUUAUAUUGGUGGUGGAAUUUGUGGUGGUCUCAUGGCACUUGUUGUAGUUAUUGAAUCAAAUUCAACAUGGAGAGGAAUAGGAGCAUCUUUACUAAUAGUAAAUAUUCUAAUUCAAAAUCAAGUCUAUCGAUUUGUAACUCCAUUUUUCAUAAAUGCCAACUUUUUUCAUCUUCUUUUAAAUAUGAUAGGUUUGUUCACAAUGUAUCCAUUAGAAAAACAAAAUGGAAAGCUUUGGUUUGGAGGUUUCUUAUUUGUUUCAGCUUUUGGUAGUAACAUUUUCAGUCAUCUUUAUAAUUAUAAUGGCGCUUCAGUUGGUUGUUCUGGUGCUGUUCUUGGAAUUGUUGUGGCAAGAUUUGUUAAUGUUCUGAUCGAAAAAGAAACCUAUUCUCAAAGUGCUCAUUUCAAUACCAUUUCCGUCCUAAUAUUCAUUAUGUUCCUAACUUUUACUAAUGAAUUAAUUCAAUUUUCAGAUUGGGCAGGACAUUUUGGAGGUUUCAUAGUUGGGGCAAUGAUUGGAGCAAUAUGGACAGAUACAAUGUUUACAAAAACUAGAUCCAUUGGAAUUUUAUUUUUAUUGUUUGCAAUAUAUCCUAAACGCAUAUUCCACUAUGAAAUAGUUCCAAAAUAA